AUGGCCGAACAACUAGAGAACGAGAACAAAGAACUCAAAGAAGAAGUCAACUGGUUAUCUGCUCUGAUGGAGUCUCUGCUCCAGGCUCAGAAGCAAGCUGUAAAUGUGCAAGCGUCUGCGUCCAAUCAAGCACCUGAAAUAGCUCUUACCUCUAUACCAGCCCCUGCUAUGGGAUCAGUCAAUGUUAUGCCUUCCUGUUUCCCUUGGGGGAUGCCCCAUAAUUUCAUGCCCGAAGGACAUCAUCUGCAAUUGCAAGCUCAGCCGACAUCUAGCCCGGUCCCUGCGGUGCCACCCCUGGUGGUUAAUUCUGUUCGUACUCCAGCUCCCAUUCCUCAAGUCCGUGUUGACGAGACUAUCUACCAUUCCGAGGCAUUUGAGAACCCGGAUGUGUAUGAAAAAUUAGAUGAAAUGAGAGACCAGUUCUCUGAUUUGAGGAAGGAAAUGAAGGCCCUUCGAGGGAAAGACUUGUUUGGGAAGCACGCCUCUGAGCUUUGUUUGGUCCCGAAUGUAAAGAUUCCGAUGAAGUUCAAGGUCCUUGACUUUGAAAAAUACAAGGGGAAUAGCUGUCCGCUUAACCAUUUGGUUAUGUAUGCUAGAAAAAUAGAGGCUUUCGUAAGGCAGUACAAGUAUAAUGUGGAUAUGGCUCCUGACAGAGAUCAACUGAGUGCGAUGUCCCCAAAAGAUAAGAAAACCUUGAAGGAGUAUGCCCAGAGAUGGAGGGAAUUGGCAGCUUAG